AUCAGUUUUUCUUGGAAUAAUACCAUAUGAUUCCUAAGUGAACUCAAUAAAAAUUCAACACGCGAGUUUGAUUUUUAGCAUUCAAAUUUUCAAAAGGACAUUUUUUGAAAAGUUUAUCAUUCCAAUAUUUAGGUAUUCUUUUUCUCCCUUAUCCUCAAUGUUUUAACUGACGGAGUGCUGCCAAUUGUGAGUGCUGGCUCGUCAAUCCUUUUUUAGAAUUGUACAGAAAAUUUGUUUUGUUUAGUGGUACCCCGAAUCCUCACAUACCGCACGGAUAAAUGAAUUCAUACCUUAAAUCAAAUUGUUACCAUGCAUGGGGCCGACUCUCCACCUAUUGUGCUAUUGUCAUCGUUCUUGAACAAAAGCAAAAAUGUCUACGGAUCAACGCAACUGGACUCGGGUGAACGGGCCGGUUAUAACUCAACACACGGAUCUCAGUAAGGUACAUUCAUACGCUCCACAUACUGGCAUAACAUCAUAUUCUCAAGAUAUACUGAGUGAAUGCUCUCUGGUCCGACUCUGCGCUGCUGGAAAGACAAUCUAAAAUGGAGCUGAAUGCCGGGUUUAGAAUAUUACUCUAUGCACUCUUGGUCAUUACUUCGACCGUUGGUGUUGCGUUUGUGGUGUUUUCGUGGCUGUUGUACCGAUUUAACAGGAAAUAUGGACAUUUGCCUUGCCCGCGACCUACAAGUUUCUUCUUUGGUCACUUGUCUCACAUUAAUGCUGUUUCAAAGAAGAUGGAUAUGCAAACGCUGACUCUAAUGCAUCAAUGGAUGAGAGAUCUUGGACCAGUCUACUGUAUACGAUUCAUAUUACAGCCAAUGGUCAUAUGCUCUAACCCUCCAACAGUCAAGAAAGUUUGCCUGGACAGCCGCCAUCUCAAGCCUCGUGCCUUGUAUGAUUUCUUCUACUCUGUGUUUGGUCAGAGAUUUUUGGGAUUGGGGCUCGUCUCACAAGUUAACCACGAGAAGUGGCAUACUCGCCGAGCAUUGCUAAACCCUGCCUUCAACCGCAAGUAUCUAAUGCAAAUGAUGGACCAUUUCGACGAGAGUGCGACCCGUCUUCGAGAUCAUCUCAUGCCCCUAGCCGACGACAAAACGCUUGUUAGAAUGUUGGAGCAUUUCAAUAAUGUCACUCUGGAUGUCAUUGCAAAGGUCGGCUUUGACAUGGAUAUUAACGCCGUCGAAAAUUCUGACUGUCCCUUUCCGUCGGCGAUUGCGCUAGCACUUCAAGGCAUGGACGCUACAUUUAAGAACCCCCUCUUAAUGGUUGAUCCUCGCAGCAAAGCACGCCAAUAUCGCCGAUCGGUGCGCGACGCCGUCAAACUGGUACGAAACAUUGGCCAGGAUUGCAUCGAAAAGAGAAGAGAGGCAAAGAAGAAAGGCGAGGAGUUGCCGAAGGACAUCCUGACAUGUAUUUUGCAAGCAGAGGACGAUGUCGGGAAUGGCGAGAAGAUUGAAACGGCAGAUUUGAUCGACGAGUUCGGGACAUUUUUCGUAGCUGGUCAAGAAACAACGAGCAAUCUCCUUGCAUUUACCUUACUGGAGAUUGGAAGACACAAAGACGUGGCUAAGAGACUAAAAGAUGAAGUAGACGAAGUCCUCGGAAGUAAAUCGAUUAUUGAGCACUCGGAUCUCACGAAAUUGGAAUACAUGUCUAGGGUUUUUAAAGAAACAAUGCGCCUUAACCCACCUGUAAGUGGUGCAAGCCGUGAGCUUGCUUCUGAUGUUCAAUCGUGUGGUUACGUCAUCCCAAAGGGGGCAUCUGUACUGUUCUUGUCCUACCUGACGUCACGAUUGGAAGAGUAUUUCGAUGAUCCUCUUCUAUUCAAUCCUGAUCGAUUUAUUCCAACUGAUGAAACGCCGAGGCACUUCUUUGCAUACUUUCCCUUUGCAAUUGGGCAACGGAACUGUAUCGGACAGCAAUUAGCUCUAAUUGAAGCAAAGGUGAUAUUGGCAAAACUGUUGCAGAGUUUCGACUUUAGACUGGAGCAAUCUCAGCGUCAUAUCAUUGUGAGUCAGGUCACCAACAAACCGAUUGAUGGAUGCAAGAAUUACAUCAGCCUCAGGGACUAAAGACUGAGUGUAUCAACCUUUCCAACCACAUGGCGGAGUGAAAUGGCACCGUAUGGACAGCACAGUGUCGUCUUCCAAACCAAGGCGUCAUGUCUGAUAGACGCUGGGCGACUAAACGCCAGAGCGAGUGGCCCAGCCAAGUGGCCUUUAGUAAUCUGGUUUGGAUUUCUUAUGUUAACCCUUGUUUCCGACUGGAAUUCUCUGGAAAGUCCAAUUAUCUCACUUACAAUUGUUAGCUCGAGUCAUCAAAUGCUUCCUAUUUUAUUGUAAUUUUGCAUGUAAAAUAGAUUUGGAUGUGAUAUUUUGUAUUGAUCAUUUAUAUGUUCAUCUUAUACGCAAAACCAGUUUACGUCUUUUACCUUUUCAUAAUGAACGUAUAACUAACGAAAUCAACUGGGAAAUGGCCAUUGUGAUUGGUCAAUGAAUCCAACAUAUAGCUCCGUUUAGUCUCAUUUGACAACGCCCCCCUAUCGUCGGAGUCGGCAGCCUAACAUGUAAGCCAAUGGAAUUUUACCCCCAAAAUCGCUAAAAAUUCAUUUUUUGUUUAAACGAAAAGCACAUCCACCCGACGUACGUUAUCACUAGCUCUUUCAUUGGGACCAUCAUGUCCCAUUGACUUUUGAAAGUUCACCCACCGUAAUUUGAUAAA